GUCUGCAAGUAGCCGGUGAGUGAUUUAAAACAAGUGAAAUAUUUAUAAUAAACGUCAGAGGAAAAUAUAAUUUAUCACGUAUUACUAAAAAUAACUUGACAAAAUACGAAACUAAACAAAGAUAUGUCACAUUUAUAAAUCUAAAAAAGGGUGAUUACGAAAGACCAACAUAAAUGAGCGAUUUGUUACCUUAAGGACAUGUAGAAAGGACAGGAUACACCUUGUUAAGAGUUCAAGGACAUCUGUAGAUGCUGGAUUAUGGAGAUGUCACGUAGAUCAAGUAGUAACGGAUGAACUAUGAAUACAAGAUAUUUUGAGGGAUUAACUAAAAUAGUGUUAUGUAAAUAGAUGACAUCUAUAAAGCUAUCUAGAUAUGAACUUUGGGAGAAGACGAUAUGACAUUGCGUGUGUGAGGUGUCAACGCUUAUCAUUACUUAUCGGUCAAAAAUAAGAUAAGUCAGCUGGUUUCUUUAUGAUAUACCGGGGUGCUUAGGGUAUAAGACAGACAAUGCAUGUGGAAUUACGGUGAAGUUCAUCUUGAGCAAUACCGCCAGAACAAGAUAAAUAAGACCAUAUGGCCGUGAACGCCUGGGUUAUCCCACAACUUGAUAAGUGCUUUCAUUUAGCCUGUGUAUCAUUAUGGGACGGUAUGUGCAGUUUUCACGUAAAAUCUGAACAUAUUGCUAAUAUUAAGUUUAGAAUUAUUUGUAAGCUCAUAAGUUCAAUAUCUGUAAAAGGAGAAGUGUGACCGUUCUCUUGAACUGAUAAGAAUAGUAUGACCCAGAUAAUAUUGCAAGAUCGAGUGAAAGAGAGCUGUAAGUGGAUUUAAACAACCAGGAGAAAUAAACAAUAGUUAUAAUUUAUAAGUUACAAAACACGUGUCAUGUGUGACGUUAAUGAACCUCAGUGUGCCUUGAUCAACAACAAGAACUCUCCUUGGAAUAUGUCAAUAGUGGGUGGAAAUCGUCAAGAUAAUACACUCCUGGGGGGAAGCGAUCUACUAGACCUAUGUACUGAAACAGAAGAUCCAGUUUCAGCUAUUGAUAAUAGUUCAAACAUAAUUAUAGACAGUAUAGAACGACCGUAUUCUACCUCCAAGUCUACCAUAAAACCAUUGGGAACAGUAACAGCAAAUGGAUGUGCACACCUAUCGACGCUCAACUCUCUAGCCUUGCUUGAAACAGGUGUGUCAGAUCAAGAGAUCGGAAAGAAAAUCGUUGCAUCGAAUGGUGUUUCUCAAUCCAGACCAGUAACAAAACUCAAUGAUGAAUCCAGGUCCAUUGUCGAUUCAAAUUCGAGCUCAAUAUACCCAGUGGUCACCAACGACAACGACAUAGAUCAGAAAACACCUGUUGCAAAUGGUUUUCAUCAAAUAAGACCUAAACCUACGACAAAACAGGAUUCUGCAUCAAAAACCCAGAUCAAUAAAAUUUCUGAAUUCAAGGACGCUACAGUACCAUGUAUCAAAGAUUUAGAAAAAGUAGCCCUAGUCGCUGAGGAUGUUUAUCAAAGUAUACCAUUAUCAGGUACUUACGCAGCGAAAAACAUUGAUGUUGAAUCCAAAGUCUCGACUAAUUCUGACCCGACAUCAUUGGAAACUGUUGUGAAUAAUGAGACAGAUGAUGAUGAUGAUGAUGAUGAUCAUACAAAUCAAAUCAGCACAACAUUGAUUGCUAAUGAUGGAGUUAAACCAGCAAGAUCCAACACAUAUUUAAAAGUAAAAGAGGUUGUCACUGGCGAUGAAAACGGUGAAUGGGGCGACGUGGAUACAGAGUCUGUAACAGGAUGUUCAGAGACGUCCGUCGACCUUACCCUGAAAACUGCUGUAACAGUGUGCAACUGUAUAAUGAUUGUAUUAGCUGUGGGUCUAAUAGCUGGAAUAGGUGUUCUGUUUGUGGGCAUCUUAGAUGAAUUCCAAGCAUCAAGAGCUGAAGCUUCACCUAUUAUGUCAGUAUUAACUGGAAUUCUAUUCGGAGGAGGUGGUAUCGUUGGACCUUUAAUGAACCGGUUUAAUGGAGGCUACCUAUGUAUGAUUGGUGGUGUGUUAGCUUUUCUUGGAUGUUUAAUCAGUUUUUUCUCUCCCUCUGUGCCCGUUUUAAUUAUUGGUGUUGGAGUUAUAUCAGGUCUUGGUCUGACAGCUCCAUUUCUUAUAGCCUUUGUUACCACUGGGGAAAUCUUCAGUACCCGCCGUGUUACCAUGUUAACAAUUGUAGGUUUGUGUUACGGUAUAUCUGGGGUUAUCUUUCCUUAUGUGACGUCAAAGCUUAUGGAUAUAUUUGGUUGGAGAGGGGUGUUCUUAAUCUAUGGUGGUGCUUUACUCAACUGUGUUCCAAUCGGUUACUUAAACGCAAUUGUUAAACGUCAACUGAAGACUGCAAAGAAGACCAAAAUCGAGGACGUCUUAAACAUUUCGCUGUUCCGGAAACCCAUGUUCCUUGUCUUGGCGUUCUCCAUUUUGAUUUCAACAAUAUUUUUACCAACCGUAAAUUUUUUCUUUGUUGACAUGAUCCGAGAAAAGGGGCUUGAUGUGGAUACGGGUUCGACCCUUUUGUCUAUAAAUGGAUUUUCAAAUGUUGUCGGAAGGCUCAUUGUUAUUACCUUGUCAGUGGCCUUGAAGGUGGACCUUGUAGUACAAUAUACAUUAUAUUUAGCUAUAGCUUCCAUAACUGCAACUGGAUUUGUUUUUGCUGUUACCUACACUGAGCUGUUGGUACCUUCAAUUAUAUUUGGUUUGUUUUGGGGGAUGACGGGUUUGUCCUAUCCGUCCAUGCUGCUAGAACUGUCUGGACCAAAAAGAUAUGCAUCUGCUUUUGGCUAUUGUAACUUUCUAGGAGGAAUAGCGGAACUAUGUGGUGGUCCAUUAGCCGGUAUGAUAAAGGAUGAAACUGGGUCGUAUGAUGUUGUGUAUUAUAUCACUACAGGAAUGGGACUUCUAGCUAGCUCUAUUAUUGCCUGUAUGUUCAUUAUCAAACAUUGUCAAAAACAGAAUUCCUCACAUACAACCACAGAAACUGAAGUUAGAGAUAAAGUUCGUGGCAGAGUUAAAGAUAAUUUAUCAAGAACAAUUCACAUACACUCCAACUCUAGUUUAAAUAUACACAGUAUAUGAUAUAUGAAUUAAAAGGAUAAAGAACGUGUAUAAUUUUAGAAAUCAAUGGGUAUUGUGAAAAUAAUAAAAUACUGUUGUACUAUAGUACUUUAAGCAGUUAUCUAAAAUGAAAUGAAAUGGAGUUUAACGUCCUACUGUUCUGCUCCUAAACUGGGCUAAUGAAGACGGGCAUACGCCAUACAGUGUGCUAUGAGGGAAAUUUUGCCCGGGCAGCGGUGCUACGGCCUACUCUUAUAUCGAAUUCUAACUGCCAAGGGAUAUUUUACGUGCACGCCAAUAUGUACACGGGACCUCGGUUUUUCGUACCAUCCGAACGACUAGACAGCUGUCCUUGUCAGGCCCACCGUCCUGCAUCACUGACAAGCGGAUACCACGCCUGAAAAUCUGGAUGAACCUUCUUGGCCAAUGCAGGGAUCGAACACCCGACCUCCAGGCUAGCGAGCCAGCGUCUUGCCCACUUAGGGACGUGAUCCCCUUUAAAGGCUCAAUACCACUCUUGUUGUAACUGAAUAAUAUGUC